UCUCGCGAGAUACUAAGCGGAAGAUGGCAGAUGGUAUUUUCAGUUGGAAGGUUUCUAAUCUUACCGCUAGCUAACGUUAGCAAGCAAACUACCGCACUGUCAGCCGCAACGGGAAAUUUAGCAAGUACUGUAAUCAAUGAUGUAGCCGAAUAAUUUGGUAUGCCUAUUCUGAAUCAAUUGCUGCAAUAGUGAUAUUAUCUUUUCCAGUUGUUUUGUUUUUACGUGUUGUCUUUCUGUUAUUGUCAACACCGCACCCACAUCCAUCUCUCUACUCUCUAUGCUAGCAAAAGCUAGGUCGCUAGUUUAGUAGGAGUAAGGAUAGCUGCAAUAUUGCAGGGGUCGUUGACAACUAAACGUACUUUAGACAAUCUAUACAUAUUCGGUAGUCAACUUGCUGGCUAGUAGUGAUAAAUCAUGACGGGGGAAAAGAUUCGCACGUUGCGCAAAGACCACAAUAACAAGCCUACUAAAGAUGGGGAUAUAAUGGAUACCUAUGAUGAAUCUUCAAAUGGGACAACAAUAACAUCUCCAACCCCCAACGGUACCAGUAUCAUGUAUAAAUCCAACAAGAACCACAACAAGACGGUGAAACCUUUGGUACUACAGCAGCAAGUUUCGAAUAUAAAUGCGAACAACAUCAAUGCCAAUCAAUCGGUUGGCAUCAUAAUCGAUGACAAUAACAAGAACCCCAUCAUUCUGACCAAUGGCAAUGAGGACUUGAAUUUGGAAUUCCCUGUUCACGAAUGUGUCUUCAAAGGAGAUGUCCGGCGCUUGUCCUCACUCAUUCGGACCCAGAAUAUCUCCCAGAAGGAUGUGCAUGGAAACACACCACUUCACUUGGCUGUGAUGAUGGGCCACAAAGAGUGUGCACUCCUGCUCCUGGCCCAUAAUGCCCCUGUGAAGGUGAAGAAUUCCCAGGGCUGGAGCCCCCUGGCAGAAGCCAUCAGCUACGGAGACCGACAGAUGAUCACAGCCCUCUUGCGGAAGCUGAAGCAGCAGUCCAGAGAGAGCGUGGAGGACAAGAGGCCCAAGCUGCUGAGAGCCCUGAAAGAGCUUGGCGACUUCUACUUGGAACUUCACUGGGACUUUCAAAGUUGGGUGCCCCUGCUCUCCCGGAUUCUGCCAUCUGAUAACUGCAAAAUCUACAAGCAGGGGAUAAACAUCAGACUGGACACCACCCUGAUAGACUUCACAGAUAUGAAAUGUCAGAGGGGGGACCUCAGCUUCAUAUUCAACGGCGACGCCCCGCCCGCCAAGUCCUUCUAUGUCCUGGACAAUGAGCAGAAGGUGUACCAGCGGAUACACCACGAGGAGUCUGAGAUGGAGACUGAGGAGGAGGUGGAUAUUCUGAUGAGCAGUGACGUUUAUUCAGCCACCCUGUCCACCAAGUCCAUCACCUUUUCUCGCAGUCAGAUUGGCUGGCUCUUCAGGGAGGACAAAACGGAAAGGGUUGGUAACUUCCUGGCAGACUUCUACUCUGUGAAUGGCCUCGUGCUGGAGUCCAGGAAGCGCCGGGAGCAUCUUAGCGAGGAGGACAUCCUGAGGAACAAGGCCAUCAUGGAGAGCCUGAGCAAAGGAGGCAACCUGGUGGAGCAGAACUAUGAGCCUCAGAGGAGGAUGUCUCUCACAGCACCAGAGCCCAACACCGUCUCCUGGGAGGAAUACAUCUCUGCAGAUCACGGAAAAGCACCUCAUCUUGGGAGAGCGCUUGUGUGUAAGGAGAGCAAGAAAAACUUCAAAGCGACCGUAGCCAUGAGCCAGGACUUUCCUCUGGGCAUUGAGUCGUUGCUGAAUGUUUUGGAAGUCAUAGCCCCAUUUAAGCACUUCAACAAACUCAGAGAAUUUGUUCAACUGAAGCUUCCUCCUGGGUUUCCAGUCAAGCUUGACAUUCCUGUGUUCCCCACUAUCACAGCAACGGUCACCUUCCAAGAGUUUCGCUACGAUGACUUUGAGGAGUCCAUCUUUUCUAUCCCAGGGGAUUACAAGGAAGACCCCAGUCGCUUCCCUGACCUCUAACCUGGUUGUCAUAGCAACAAGAGGUUCACCCAGGCCCGCCCACUAGGAAACUCACCGAAACAAACUCUACCUUGAUACAUACACUAAUGAAAGGAAAAGAACCAACUAAAGACAGUUGAGAAGAAAUGAGAGGAUUCUAACUUAUUGUUGAUGUCUGUGUUUUACUAAAAAAGGGAAUUGUCUCUUGGCCCUGAAUUUAUUGUUUAUUUUGUGUGUGUAUGUAUAUGUGUGAUAUAUAUAUAUAUAUAUGCACACACUUAUAAUAAAGCAAUGCAAACGGAGAACUUAGGCUGCAUUUUUCACACAAUUUUUGUAAAUGCAGCCUUAAUCUACCACAACCAUGUUGAGAUGUGUAGCAACAACAGCACAACAUCAGAUGAGGAUUUGGAACCAAGCAGCUUAUGGUUCACCUACAGAAGUUAUGGAGUUGACUUGUCUGUAAUCUAUGAAAUCUUCAGUGUGCACUUCCAGGUUUAACACUCACUGCAUCAAGUUUAGCUAAUGUCUGCCCAUUGUGGAAAGCUAUUUUUCGGGGGAAAGUGCACUGAUAUUCGUUGCUUGUAAAUAACUGAUAUAAAUCGUUAGAAAUAUAGAUGUCAUAACAGAACUGUGCAUACCUUUUUCAUGUGUAAAUGAUGUACUUUAUGUACAAUAUAUAGUCAAAGGAGCAACACUGUGUAGCAAUACAUUUUCAGUACAUCCUUUUUUGUAAACCUUUUGGGAGAAUAUAUGGCGUAAAGCGGCAUUCUUACACAGAUAUCAAUACCCAAGCCUUUUUCCUCUCUGGCUUACACACUGUCGUGCAGGAUGAAAACUAUAUUUUCAGGUUCGCUUAUCUGUUUUACCUCCUGUCUUUCAAGAGAUCAUGUGAAUUUAAUCAGUUGUGUGAGAAAGCUGUUGUGUGUGUGUGUGUGUGUGAGAGUGUGUGAGAGAACCCAGGUCGGGUAUCAGGAAAGCUGUUUCAGUUUGAUACUGCACUGACAUUAAGUGUAUUUAAAUGCAUGCUGUGUUGACCCAAUUGGAUUCCUUGUCCUAUCGAGUGUAUAUUUCCUACACACGUGUUCUACUUGCUGCCAUCUCACCACACUUUCUGAUUAUCAGGAAGACCAACGUCUGUAUUGUAACCACACUAAAACUGGAAGUGCUUCGACUGAAAUGUAAUUUCCUUGAGUAUGUACUUCCAUUUUCCUGUCUGUACUACCCUAAUACAGAUAUAUUUUAAUGAUAGUGUGUACAUUUGGACUAUCAACCUUUAAAAUCCAUGUUGUUUUUAUUUUACGUGAGCAGCAGUGGCAAACAGUUUGGCUCAUCAGGUUGUCCAUCAGGCUUGGACCUACUGGUAUUUAUAAAUGUAUUGCAGCUUUUCCAACUCCCUGUCCCUUUAAAUAAAGCACCAGCACCAC